UAAUAAUGUAAUUCGCAAAAUUAAUUCGAACUAAAACUCGAAAGUAAUUGCGCGUAAUUUCUUUUAUUUUUUCCACUGAUUGAUUGCAUUUUUUCUCGCAGCUCCACUUCUCGGGAGCUCUUUUCGUUUUGGGGUUGAAAAAAUUAGGGUUUUUUUUUGGGUGUGGUUCUGUUAAUGGCGACGACGCAGGGGCAGCAAACGGCGAUUGACCCGACGGUUCUGGAUGAUAUAAUCAGGCGUCUCACGGAGGUCCGGUUAGCUAGACCAGGGAAGCAAGUCCAGCUCUCGGAGGCUGAGAUCAAACAGCUCUGCACUACAGCUAGAGAUAUUUUCCUUCAGCAACCCAAUUUGCUAGAGCUUGAGGCACCCAUCAAAAUCUGUGGUGACAUACAUGGGCAAUAUAGUGAUUUGCUGAGGCUGUUUGAGUACGGUGGCUUCCCUCCUAGUGCCAAUUAUCUGUUUCUGGGGGACUAUGUGGACCGAGGCAAACAGAGUCUUGAAACGAUAUGUCUCUUACUAGCUUACAAGAUCAAGUACCCAGGGAACUUUUUUCUACUAAGGGGAAACCAUGAAUGUGCUUCUAUCAAUCGGAUUUAUGGCUUUUAUGAUGAAUGUAAAAGGAGGUUUAAUGUGAGGGUAUGGAAGGUUUUUACAGACUGUUUCAAUUGCCUUCCUGUUGCGGCGCUUAUAGAUGACAAAAUAUUGUGCAUGCACGGUGGACUAUCGCCGGAUCUCAACCAUCUGGAUGAGAUUAGAAGCUUGCCUCGCCCAACCAUGAUUCCCGACACCGGGCUGCUCUGUGAUUUGCUCUGGUCUGAUCCUGGGAAAGAUGUUAAAGGAUGGGGAAUGAAUGAUAGAGGCGUUUCAUACACCUUUGGUCCGGAUAAAGUCUCUGAAUUUCUAACAAAGCAUGAUCUAGACCUUGUGUGCCGUGCCCAUCAGGUCGUGGAGGAUGGUUAUGAGUUCUUUGCUGAUAGACAACUCGUGACGGUGUUUUCAGCUCCUAACUACUGUGGAGAAUUUGAUAAUGCUGGCGCGAUGAUGAGCGUGGACGAGAACCUUAUGUGCUCUUUUCAGAUUUUGAAGCCCGCGGAGAAGAAGACCAAAUUCAUGAUGUCCACAAAGAUUUGAUCUUUUGAUUAAGAUGGAUUUGGUCUUGCUCAGAGAAAUUGAUUCAAACCAUUGACGAUUUGGCUCUAAAGUGUGUGCCGAUGGUAGUGAGAACUCUUAGAAAGGAGCAAAACCUUAGUCUUCUAAUCUCUUUCUUCCCAAAUUCUCUUUCUGCAUAUUUUUUUUUCCCAUCUUCUUUUAAGGGUUUUACAUGAGUUUCAUCUGCCUGUUGAAAGCACAUAGAUGGUGUGUACAUGCAUAUGAUCAUUUCUUGGAUUUUAGGACACCAAAUGAAGUGAUGAUUAUAACCAAAAAAAAAAAGUGUUUAGUAUGAUAAGCUUUG